GUGGACCACACACGCGCACGUGCGCACGCACACCAUCACCUGCUAAUGUUGCACGUAACAGCGUAGCCACAAACGUAACGGUUUCCUGGUGGGCAUAAAAAAAAAAGAAAACUGGUCGGCACAAAAGCUGACGACCAAUAAAUAAAUAAAUACAUAAAUAACAGACAUGGACGACAAAUCCUUCACCAAGGAGCUGGACGGGUGGAUUGAACAGCUGAAUGAGUGCAAACAGCUGACAGAGAACCAGGUCAAGCUGCUCUGCGAAAAGGCCAAGGAGAUUCUGACCAAAGAGUCCAACGUUCAGGAGGUGAGAUGUCCAGUGACCGUCUGUGGAGACGUCCAUGGACAGUUUCAUGACCUGAUGGAGCUGUUCAAAAUAGGAGGCAAGUCUCCAGACACCAACUACCUCUUCAUGGGGGACUAUGUGGACAGAGGCUACUACUCUGUGGAGACGGUCUCGCUCCUGGUUUCUCUUAAGGUGAGGUUCCCAGAACGGAUCACGAUCCUCAGAGGGAACCACGAGAGCAGGCAGAUCACGCAAGUGUACGGUUUUUAUGACGAGUGCCUGAGAAAAUAUGCAAACGCCAACGUUUGGAAGUACUUCACAGACCUGUUCGACUAUCUGCCCCUCACUGCACUAGUGGAUAACCAGAUUUUCUGCCUCCACGGAGGGUUGUCCCCUUCAAUCGACACGCUGGAACACAUCAGAGCGCUGGAUCGCUUGCAGGAGGUUCCACACGAGGGUCCAAUGUGCGACUUGUUAUGGUCGGACCCAGAUGACCGUGGGGGCUGGGGAAUCUCACCUCGUGGUGCAGGUUACACAUUCGGGCAGGACAUUUCUGAGACUUUCAAUCACGCAAACGGCUUGACUUUGGUUUCAAGAGCCCACCAGCUGGUGAUGGAGGGUUAUAACUGGUGCCACGAUCGCAAUGUGGUGACGAUCUUCAGCGCACCUAAUUAUUGUUACCGCUGCGGUAACCAAGCAGCGAUCAUGGAACUGGAUGACACGUUGAAAUACUCCUUCCUACAGUUUGACCCUGCACCACGCAGAGGAGAGCCUCACGUGACUCGGCGCACACCGGACUACUUCCUGUAAAAAUCACUGGUGAGCAUGGAAAUAAGCUGCACAAAAGGCUAGAGAAAAAUCAAUCUGCUGUGCCAUAUUCAGAAUAAAGUGCAGACUUUUGUAUCUAUGAAAGCCACCAUUAUCCUGAUUUUAAACCAUCUGCACGUUUAAAUGCUUGGACUGAUUGCCACUUAACACUGCUGGUUAUAAUACCUGCUGGCUUGUCAGGAAACAUGAAUUAAUUUAUCUUGAGGUUUUCAGAGGUAUUUGUUUGAAAAUGUUAACAAUGAUCUGAGUGUUUUGGGAGUAUACACUUUAUUAUGUGAAUCUUUUAAAUGGCAUGGCCUCAAAUCCAAAGUAGUAAUACCUCUAUUGUGAUUUUUUUUUUCUUAAAUAAGGAAAAAGGCUUAUUUUAUGAAAGUAUUGUGAUAAGGUUAAACGUAAAGAUGUGAGUGUGUUUUGUCUUACAGGUACUUUUGUACCUUGUUUUGAUUACAUGGCACUUACAGAUGUUCUUUUUUUACACUGCUUUGGCGAACGUUUUUUUUGUUGUUGUUGUUGACUCUUAGAAAAGAUUCUAUAAAUUAUUUACGCCUGUAAUAUUGUUAUAAAUGUCUUAAAUAUAUAAAAUUAUUUAAUGUUUUGCAGCCACUGCUGUUCAAAAUAAAUGCUAGUUGCUUUUGACGUUUUAUUUCCUGACGUGACAUUAAACCCUGUACUUCUCUACAGUCACCACUAGAGGGAGACAAACAUAAAAUCUGAUGAAAUAAUCAGCACAAUGACGAUCAGCCUGUGUAGAAGAUGGAUUAUUUAUUUAUAUUAAUCAUUUGGUAUGUUUUUUUGAUAUGAUAAAAUUAAAAUUUGCCAUAGAAAUUUAUGCCAUAAGUGUUGUAUAAGGUUUAUUUUCAAUAUAUGUUUUAUAAUUUCAUGAGCCAAACGUUUUGUUUUAAUUGUCUCAAAUUCCAUUUUUUACAUGUUAGUUUUGCCUGUGCUUCCUUUUUCUUUAUACAUAAAAAUUGCAUGUAUGAAAAUUCAAAGUUUGAAGUCAUUAUUUCCUGUUUGUUAGCA